GCACGUUGCUCGAGAAUUAUAGGCAGUAUAAAAAUCAGCUACGCUGUAUUUUUCUGUCCAGUGCGCCAUUUUCUGUGUAUAGUGAUACAAAUUUUGUGUUUCUAUUACUAAGUACGUUUCCAGAAAAAAAUAACAUGGCUUUAGUGAAAAUCUUCGCACUCCUCCUUGUGGCCAGCGUGGCGGUUGCCGUGCCAUCCUCUCUCCAAGGCGUGGACCCCAACACACUAUCUUGCGACCCAGCUGGACAGAUAUUCCUCCUCCUACCCCACUUUUCGGACUGCACCAGGUACUACAUGUGCGCUAACGGUGAAGAACUUGAGUUCCGCUGUCCGCUAGGUCAGGACAGUCAAUUGUACUUCGACUUCGAACUUCAGACAUGCAACUACCCGAGCGACACCAAGUGCUGGCUGCGCGACUCCCCUGACGAUAUCGACGAGGGCUCCGGCGCGGACGACCCUGGCUUCCUCAACGAGGACCUUGUCAACCCGAUUGAUGCCCUAGUGGACAUCGUGAGGCCAGGCAAUAUUGAAAGUCACUCUAAUAGCCAGAUCCUGAAUUGCAGAAAUUUGAAGACGGCUUCCAUGCUCGUUGCUUACAAGGAUGACUGCCAACGAUACUGGCGAUGCCAGAAUGGCGUCCCGCAAUCAGUCUAUUGCUCAGACGGGCUUUACUUCAACAGUAGAACGCAACAAUGCGAUUUCGAAGCGAAUGUAAAAUGUCAUGUGGCGCAGGAAGACGAACUCAAUGGCGAAUUCAUAGUUUACAAGUAGACGGCGCUAGUGCUCGACGCGGAGGCCAUAGACAAAUAGAUUUGUUUUUUUUUCUUAAUAACAAAACAGGAGCUGUCUGUAAAUAAGGCUAAAUCGUUUUUUGAUAUUUAAUUAUAAAAAUAUAAAAUUAUAAUAAAUAUGUAUAAAUAGGUUGUGAAACUUUAUACUUAAAAAAAAUAAGAAAAAAAUAUUGAUUUUGGCCUCCAAGUUUUAGAGUAUGUACAGUCAACAGCAAAUCAAGUUACCCUGCACGAAACUCUAUGGCGCGGUAAUAGCGGCGAGUUUGCAAUGAAUUUGGGUAGGUUGAUGUGCUGUUAACUGUACUAGUGUCAAUUCGGCAAUUUAGGCGCAAUCUCUAACUAAAUACUUAUAUUAUAUGAUUUUUAUACUGAUUUAAAUCGAUAACGAUAAGUUUAGUAUGGAUAAGUUAAUUAUUCCCAUUUUAAUCUUAUUAUUCCCUAUUUUAUACACGUACAAUAAUUUAUUACAAUAUUAAAAUACUUAUAUACUUAGGAAUUAAUUGUAAUCAUUUAAAAAUCAUAUAAUUUAAACAAUGGUGGUAUAACAAAUAAGUAUUAGUUAUAUGCAAAACAAUAAGUUAUUUAAUCACGAUAAUAUUCCAUAUAAGAUUUGUUUUAUUUUAUAAAAAUCAAAUCUUUUUUGGAUUUUAAAUCGCGUAUUAAUAAAAUAGUACAAAAUCGCUUAAAAUUAUUCGCAUGAAAUGUAUUUUAUUAUAUUCAGUCAUGCUGAUGAAAAUGCUUUCUUGUAGGAUAUUAAAAAGCAGAUUUUGUCAUGAUCGUAGUUUAUAAAUAAACACAGAAAAUCAAUAAAAUAUUUAACCAAAAUGUAUGCGCUUUGUUAAUUGCCCCUAAUUUGUCGAAAAUAAAAUUCAUUGCAAAUGU